AGAGUGCCAUAGAAGGUAAUUACAGAGACAGUAAAAUCCUUUUAUGCUGGGAAAAAUAAAAUGCUGGGUGUCUCAUGAAAUUUCAGAACCUGAUUUCAAAAGGACUGUAAUGAAGAGGAGAUAAAAUUUAGCAUGGUGGGCUGCUCUACAGGAUAUAUUUGUUAGUGGAAUGUUUCCACAUAUUAUACCACCAACAUAAGAAAAAAAAAUUAUUGUUGAUUUGAAGCUUGAGUGUGGAUUACAUUUGCUCAUUUGGUCAGAUGAAAUUUCAAAGGCCGUCUUUUCUCUUCUCAUUUUAGAGAAAAAUGAGCAGGCGAAAUUGUUGGAUUUGUAAAAUGUGCAGAGAUGAAUCUAAGAGGCUGCCUUCAAACCUCACUUUGGAGGAAGUGUUAAAGUGGGCCCAAUCUUUUGACAAUUUGAUGGCUACAAAAUAUGGUCCGGUAGUCUAUGCAGCAUAUUUAAAAAUGGAGCACAGUGAUGAGAAUAUUAAAUUCUGGAUGGCAUGUGAAACGUAUAAGAAAAUUGCCUCACGGUGGAACAGAAUUUCUAAAGCAAAGAAGCUUUAUAAGAUUUACAUUCAGCCACAGUCUCCAAGAGAGAUUAACAUUGACAGCUCGACAAGAGAAACUAUCCUCAGGAACAUUCAAGAACCCACCCAAACAUGUUUUGAAGAGGCUCAAAAAACAGUGUAUAUGCACAUGGAAAGGGAUUCCUAUCCCAGAUUUCUAAAGUCAGAAAUGUACCAGAAACUUUUGAAAACUAUUCAGUCCAAUAACAAUUCCUGACUACCACUCAAAAGUUUAAAUUGGAAAUGAUAUAUUGAAAGUACCGGGUUUGGCCUUUUAAUUUAGAAGAACACACAGUCAAAAACAAAGUACAAAUGAAGCAGAAAUCAAACUAUAAAUUGAUUUCUAGUUCUCAAAUAGAAACAUAUCUCAAAAGGGAUAGAUUCAAGAACUCUUAUAACCUGAAUAAAACAAUUUACAGCUUAUCUACAUAGUUUUGUUAAUAUGUAGGGGAAAAGUAGGUCUUUCUUCAUGACACAAACAUUGUAAAGUUUUUACUGUAGUAGUCAUCCCAAAGCAACAAAUGCUGGCAUGAAAGCAGAGAGAAAGGAACUCUUAUACACUGUUGGGGGGACUGCAAACUAGUACAAUCUAUGGAAAAGAAUGUGGAGAUACCUCAAAGAAUUAAAAGUAGACCUACUAUUUGACCUAGCAACCUGACUAUUGGAUAUUUACCCAAAGGGAAAAAAGUUAUAGAGCACAAUUCACAAUGGCAAAGAUUUGCAAUAAACCCAAGUGCCCCUCAAUAAUAAGUGGAUUAAUAAAAUGUGGUAUAUAUAUAUAUAUAGCAUGAAGUAUAUAUAUAGAGAGAGAGCAUGGUGUGUAUAUAUAUAGCAUGAAGUACUAUUCAGCCAUAAAAAAUGGUGAACUAAUACCUUUAUAACAACCUAGAUGGAACUAGACAUCAUUCUUCUAAGUAAAGUAUAAGAAUAGAAAAAAAAAUACCACAUAUACUCACUAUUAAAUUUUAAUGAAUCAUUCAAUUACCCAUGUGUACAUUUGGUAGUAAAA